UGGCUUCAGCAAAAUCCAUAGGCGCAUGUAUUUUCAAAGCCGUACAGUAACAGCAAGUAUUAAAUUCGGCAGUGGGACUAGCUUGUACAAGUUUUGACUCGUGCCAGAACUGCUGUAAGUGCAAGUUCAUCUAAGCAUGGAAUGGGGCCCACUGAUAUUGGCAUUUGCACUCAUUGCUGCCGCUUACCUGUACGGUUUCAAUCUAAAGUCGACGAAUACUGAGCCUAAUGUCAGACAAGUGACAUCAGCUGAGUCUCAGGUCCUGCAGGGAUGGGAUCAACAAAUCCAAGAGCCAGCUGAAAGGGUCAAGCGUGUAGCCGUUGGAUUAAAUGUCAACGCAGAUUUGAUAGUGUCUGCUACAUCCCUUCUUGACAAGCUGGGUAUCCAGCCAGCAGUAAGCCAAGACCACACGUUGCUGAACUCACUGAAGGACCUUCAAGAAAGCUUUGCCUUCUUCUUUGAGUCGGGGGCAGCUGCCGAGAGAUACUUUGCCAAUGGAGAGGUUUACAAGAGAAUCAUCGAGGAGGCUGACAAGCUGGAGCAAAAAGAGUACAGCGUAGGAGGAAACGCAGCACUGAUGGCUUACAAGAUGGCAGAAUUAACAGAUGAUGUCCAGAUUCUAUUGAUUGGCCCGAUUGGGCCCAAGGUGCAUUCACUCAUGCCCAGUUCAGUCAAUAUCCACGAGACCAGUUUACGAGAUACCGAUGAAGUGCAUCUGAUCAUGGAGUACGCCAAGGGGGAGAAGUGGGGGGCGUUAACCACGCCCAUUGCAACCCGCUUCAUCACAUCGCACGACGUCGCUAAUGCUGAACUGGAUGGCUUAAAUGUCUUCUCAAGCAGUGUCAAAGAGUUUAAUCCGGACGUGGUAAUGUUCUCUGGUCUCCAUCUUCUAGACUCUAGCAGUCAGUCCGAACAGCAGAACAAACUGUCUGCCUUGGUUACUGAGCUGAAGAAACUUCCCAAGAGUCUGCCUUUACAUCUGGAGUUGGCCAGCAUGGCUAAUGAAGGACUAGUACAAUUUAUAGUUGCUCAGGUUUUAUCAUCCGUGCAUUCGUUGGGAUUGAACGAGCAGGAACUUGGUCUGGUAUCCCGCGCCAACAAUGGGCCCCACCCGGACAUCACAGCUGAGGAGUCUGGCUACAUAGAAAUAGGAGCCGUGGCCGAUAUCCUGUACUGGAUCCUGACCUCGCUGGUCAAAGGUCAAAGUUCACUUCUGACCAGAGUGCAUUUUCACUCAUUGACAUUUCAUGUAGUGGCUACUCUACCGAACCAGUGGGACAACAGCGUAUCGGCCGUGGGUGUCGGGGCACGCAUAGCGGGCAGACAAGCGUGCGGGGACGUGCCCAUACAACCAUCAAAAGUAACUUUACGUAUCCCCAAAGCAUUUCCAUUAUCUGCGGACUAUGCCCCGCUCAGGAAAACGGUUGUUAUAGUAGACCCCAGUAACCCACUGAUGACCUGGAAGAGAGGUCAAGUUACGUUUCAUUUUAGUCCGGUGCUCGUUUGUAAGAAACCAGGAAAAACCGUUGGCCUUGGUGAUGCGAUAUCAGCUACAGCAAUGCUUUACACACAAUACAUGCAAAGACUAUAGCCAAGAAAAAAAUUCAAUUUGUGGAUUGUGUGUGGCUUUGAGGCUGAGUCAAGAAAAAAUUCAGUGUCGUUUCCUGGCUGAA